CACAACGCGAGCAUCUGUCUUUGCAUCAGUUUGUACUCACAAAGAGCAAAUCUACACACACUGCAUCUAAAGGAAACCAAAUAUGUUUGGCAUCCAAAUUCAUCUAUCACUUCUUACCGCUAUAGAAAAAUAACGGGAGCUAACGCACAGCUUGCUUUUCACAGCUAUUGAAUUCUCUCAUCUAAUCUGCUGAGACCUGAACCUCCCUAUAAAGGGGCGACCAGACCGCUGGACCCGACCAGCCAGAGAUGGACACCAGACAAGACUUUCAUUUUUAAGACCUAGUUGCGCCCAGCCAGGCACAGGCUAAAAAGUCUGGAUACAAGCUCCGACAUGGUUACUGUAUCUCAAAAUAGCAGAUGACCAGUUUACCAUACUGACCAUGCUGGCCUUUCUUCCGGACCAUCCAGGACCAGAGAGGAACAGUGAAUUCUCAUACCAUACACAAUUUCUGCACGAAAUACUACUCCUGAGCACAUUCUGCCAGGCACAAAAAUGUCCUAUUCUUCAGAUUUCUUGAAUGAGUCUGGAGCUGGCAACGGAUCUCUGUCGCCUCUCUCAGUAACAGGAGAGCCCAAACAGAACUACCCAAAUGACGAACAAGGAAGCAAAGUGCGUUGGGCAGCUUUACUGAUCCUCCUGGUGAUAAUCCCCACCGUUGGGGGGAACAUACUUGUUAUACUGGCGGUAUCUCUGGAGAAAAAGUUGCAGUAUGCUACCAACUACUUUCUAACAUCCUUGGCAGUGGCAGAUUUACUGGUGGGUCUCUUUGUGAUGCCGAUUGCCCUUCUCAUAAUACUAUUUGACAAUGCCUGGCCUCUUCCAACUGCUCUGUGUCCCAUCUGGCUGUUCCUCGACGUCCUCUUUUCCACAGCUUCCAUCAUGCACCUCUGUGCCAUCUCACUAGAUCGCUAUAUUGCAAUUAAAAAGCCAAUCCAGGCCAGCCAGUACAAUUCAUGGGCUACAACAAUCAUCAAAAUCAUCGUGGUUUGGCUCAUUUCAAUAGGCAUUGCUAUUCCAGUCCCUAUCAGAGGCAUUGAAGAUGGAAACGGCAACUCUACAAAUAUAACGUGCGUCUUGAUGCCUGAUCGUUUUCGUGACUUCAUCCUAUACGGAUCAGUGGCUGCCUUCUUCAUUCCCCUCGCUAUCAUGAUAGUCACUUAUUUUCUGACAAUCCAAGUGCUACGCAAGAAAGCCUACUUGAUCAACAAGCCACCUCAGCGUUUCACUUGGUCAACGGUGUCCACAGUAUUUCAGCGGGACAUAACACACGUGUCCUCACCAGAAAAGGUGGCUAUGCUAAACGGCUCCAGAAAGGACAAGACUUUGUCCAAUGAUAUGCCUGUCUGCAGAAUGUCUGCAAUUGGGAGGAAAUCCAUGCAAACCAUCACCAAUGAACAAAGGGCUUCAAAAGUUCUGGGGAUUGUAUUUUUCCUUUUCUUGCUGAUGUGGUGCCCAUUCUUCAUAACAAACAUAAGUUCAGUCCUGUGCAACUCCUGCAACAAGAAAGUUUUUCAAAAGCUCAUGGAGAUAUUUGUUUGGAUAGGAUACGUGUCGUCAGGGGUGAACCCUCUUGUCUAUACACUCUUUAACAAAACGUUUAGGGAAGCUUUCAGCAGGUAUAUCACUUGCAACUAUCGGACCACAAAGCCUGUUAAGGCCCUUCGGAAAUGCUCCGGCAGGAUCUCUUUCAGAAAUUCUGUGACAGAAAAUUCCAAGCUCUUUGUUAUGCAUGGGAUGCGAAAUGGGAUUAAUCCCAUUAUGUACCAGAGCCCAAUGAGGCUGAGGAGUUCACCCAUCCAAGCAUCAUCAGCCAUUCUGCUGGAUACACUGCUGCUCACAGAGAAUGAAGUUGACAAAACAGAAGAACAAGUCAGUUACGUAUAGUGGAAUGACAGCCAUGUCCAUACUGUAGUAUUGCUGUAUGUAUUCUAGGUAACUGUGCUAUAAGAGGGUAUAAAUAAUAUUUUUCUUUUUGUUAUUUAUGCAAGCAAUAGCUCAUAAAUUUAUAUUAAAUCCUCUUCUCCAAAGUCUCUUCUACUUUAACCCUAAAUUCCAUGAUGGCAACCACAAUUUCAUUCCAUGACAAACAAUGACCAUUGCAGAACUGUAGUCUACAGGAAGAGGGAAAUAAAUGCAA